UAAAUUAAAAAAAAAAGGAGUAUAUAAAUUAAAACUCAGCCAAAAAUAGGGCUAUCGACCGGAGUCUUUCUGCCCAUAAAGUUGAAGAUUAACCUUGAAAUGGUCUGCAAAACAAUUUUGUUAUUUUUACCAAACAAAGAAAUAAAUUUGGAUUGCGUUGGGAACUCCAACAUCUGUUUGAAUCCAGUUUGACGAGUUUUUAUUAAACAUUACCAAUGAUUAAAAAAAGAAAAUUUAAUUUAAAAAGAAAGAAGAAGAAUCGUAUAUAAUUACACCCGCAAUUAUUAGGAUCGUUAAAGUUUCCUAGAUAUGUAUUUAUUUUGUAUGUUGAAAAUAAUUUCUCAAUUUCCCCUCGGAAUUAACAAAUUAUUAUUGGUAAUUGCGCCUAGUUCUUGUAAACCAAUCAAGGUCCAAGUGUAACUCGGCCACACAUUACUUUGCAAUAAUCGUUUUUAAGUUAACAAAUUUAAAUUUGGCACCAAUUUCAAUAUCCCGCGACCGUAUACGGUUUUUUUUCAACCUUCGCAACCGCACGAAUCCAACCAGACCGAGAAUCAGUUUAGAUUCAAACUCGUUUAAACUCAGUUUUACUUAAAUACUAAAAAAACUGAUUUCUUAAUACAAUAAAAUCGUUUUAUUCUUCGUAAUUACUGUUUAUUAAUUAGGUGCAGUGUCUCGACCUUGUUGAUUAUUUCCGAUAUCUUAUUAAAAACUGAAUUACUCCGUAAUUUCUCGUGCAAAACUAACGAGUACACGUUAACAGUUUAUUUAAUAAACAUAUUUUAAAUGUUACAACAAAUUUUAAGUAAAUCUCGCGCGACAUCGUUUUUCUUUGGAUUCUUUUUAACAUCAACAUCGAUUUUUUUAUCAAUUUGGACCCCGUUUGAGUUGUUAAUGAACGAAAGAUUACAAAUGCGAAAAGGAUUACCCGCUUAUGAGUGGUGGUUAAAACCCCCAGACGCAACGUUGAAGAUUUACAUCUUUAAUGUUACUAAUUCUGAGAGAUUUUUGAUGGGUCUGGAUGAAAAAAUGGUUAUUAAUCAAGUUGGGCCUAUCGUUUUCAGGGAAGAUUGGGUUCAUUCGAACGUUAUUUUUAAUCCAAACUCAACGAUAAGUUAUAAUGUUAAAAAAACGCCUAAAUAUGAUGAAAAAGAAAAUGAAUUAAGUUUGAAUUCGGUGGUUGUUGUCCCAAACAUGGCUUUUUUGGGGUCCGCUUCUUUUCUCACAAAUAGCCCAUAUCUUAUUAAAUUUGGGUUUAAAAGCAUGAUUUCGAUGCUCGAAACGCAACCUUUUAUUAAUUUAACGAUUCAAAAUCUUCUUUAUAAUUUUACUGACCCACUUUUAGAGUUUGUACAUCGAUAUAUCCCCUCAUUAGCCCCAACUGAUAACAUGGGGAUAUUAAAUAAUCUUUAUGACCGAUUCGGAGAUAAUGUAACAGCUUUUAUGGGUACAAAGAGUGGGCAUUCUUUAUUUUCAUUAAUAGAUCGUUACAACGGAGAAAAAGGAAUACCCGGUUAUAACGAGCAAUGCAAAGAUGUGAUUACGAACGCCUCGGAAGCUGUAACUUUUAACCAAUUCGUAACUAAAGAUCAAGAUUUACUAUAUUACCGGAAAUUGUUAUGCAGGGUAGCUAAAUUAAUCUAUCAAAAAGAAGUGAAACGAUAUGGAUUACUUGGAUAUAAAUUUGUAGUCCCGGGUGAUGUGUUUAAUCGAACGUUCCCUCCAGAAGAUGAUUGCUAUAAAAGUAACCCGACUUUAUUAGAUGGGUUAUCUGAUCUAUCAAAUUGCCUUUAUUCGUUUCCUUUGGCGGGAAGUUUCCCUCACUUCCUUUACGGAAACCAACAACUUCAACGACAAGUUUUAGGUUUAACACCUCAAGAAGCAGCCCAUCGUUCCUAUGUAAUCGUGGAACCGAUAACCGGUUUACCUUUAGAGGAAAAAGCCAUGAUUCAACUCAAUAUUCACGUCAAAUCUCUAUCCGGAUUUAAUAAUAACGUUUUAAACAAGUUUAGUGACUCAAUUGUGCCAAUGUUUUGGUUGGAAUUUAGCAUGUUGAACCUUCCCUAUCACAUCAUUUUAUUAAUUUACUCCGCUUUAACCGUUAAAUAUCUCCAGUGGGUUUUCAUUAUCAUCAUUUUUUAUUUGGGAUUAAAAUUAAUUCGAAAAUCUUGGAUUAAUAACGUCGGGGCUAAAACGAAGAUAUCGAAAGAUGAUGUUAAAGUUGAGACGUUGGAGGAAAAUGAAAGCUUUUUAAUGAAAAAUCAUAUUAAUCGAUGAUUUUGUUUAAAUUUUAUAUAUUAGUUUAUAAUUAAAGAUUAUAAGUUUUAAUUAAAAUGAGAAUUCAAUUUAAAAUUUUAUAGUUUGGCAUAACCAAAGUGGCUCCAUCUAUGCUUAUAUUUUUGUGUUAAUUAUUACUAAUGACGUUUCUUUUAGGUUAUGAAAUAAGAUUCUUGGCAAAAUAACUUUUUAAGUGAAGAAAUUGGUGCGUUUUAAUUAAUAUCGAUUCAAAUUUGGUUAUUGAUUAGCUCGGAAUGUAUUCUAAUUGAUUUUUUUUGGUUAUGAUCACCACUGCUCCAGAGAUUAUGAAAUUUUUAGCCGAAGGGAUCCUUUAUCAUUAUGGAGUACCUUAAACGAUUGUAUUUUAUGAUGAAGAGCUCAUUAUCAUAUUAAUCAUGAUACAACGACGGAAAAUUGUUUAUUUAGUGUUACUAUAUUAAUUUUACGGAAUUUGUAUCUUUGGAACCAGUUAAAUCAUUGAAUAAUUAAGGCGAUGGUGAAAUUUAGUGAUAAAAUUUGUGUCGAGAUGAAUUAUGUUAAGUUAUGUUUCGAAUCCGGUUUAUAAAAUCUCAGAAAUCAAAUGCACCUCUUAAGACGUGAAUCUUAUUGAAUCUAAGAAGUGAAUUCUCCUCACGAAGUAAUCAUAAUUGGAGGAGGAGCAUCCGGAAUAGCAUCGUUUUCGCAAUUAUCUCGGAAUAAAACGGACGUUUUGCUUCUUGAAGCUGAGAGUCGAAUUGGAGGCCGAAUAAACAGCGUGAAAUUCGGGGAUAAUUAUGUGGAUUUAGGGGGGCAAUGGGCCCACGAAAACGCUUUGAAAGAUCCGAUUUAUAAGUUGGCGAAGGAUUUGGGGUUGUUAGAACGAAGUAAUCAAUCUCCGAUUAGGUUAUUGUAUUCGAAUCGGAAGGAAUUUCCAAAUAUUAUUAAGAAGUUCCAAGAAGUUAUACAAGAAGUGUAUCAAUUCAAUGAUGUUCGAGAUGGGAGGAGUAUCGCUGAGCUCGCAAAGGGGGUAUAUUCGGAAUU